AUGAACCUUGCUUUCCGAGGGAGAACCAGUGGGCAGGGAAAGGGCCAGCUCAAGGAACCUAAAGACAUUUUCUUCUGGAAAGGAGUGGAUAUAGAAGCUGCGCGGAAAGAAGAAGAACGAAUAAUGCUUCGCGAUGCCAGGCAAUGGUUAAAUAGCGGGCAAAUAAAUGAUAAUCGGCAUCCCAAAUCUGGGGGAACAGCUCUUCAUGUAGCUGCAGCUAAAGGCUAUUCAGAGGUUUUAAAGCUUCUAAUCCAGGCAGGCUAUGAUGUAAAUAUCAAAGAUUAUGAUGGCUGGACCCCACUACAUGCUGCAGCACACUGGGGAAAAGAGGAAACCUGCCGAAUCCUGGUAGAAAGCUUCUGCGAUAUGGAGAUGAUCAACAAAGUGGGGCAGACAGCUUUUGAUGUAGCUGAUGAAGACAUUCUGGGGUACUUGGAAGAGUUGCAAAAAAGGCAGAAUAUGCUUUUCCGGGAGAAACAAGCAAAUAAAUCCCCUUUGAUUGAGUCAACUGCAACAAUGGAGAACAACCAACAAUUAAAACCCAUCAAAAGUAAAGAAACUCUGCUGAAUGAACAAAAGGUUCCAGUCCACAUAGAGUCUCUUGAGCAGGAAAAAGUGGAUGAAGAAGAAGAGGGUAAGAAAGAUGAUUCAAGUUGUUCCAGUGAAGAGGAGGAGGAAGAAGACUCAGAGUCAGAAGCAGAAGCAGAAAAAAACAAACCUACAACACAUGUAAAUAGUGUAAACCGCAUCAACAGUGGAGGUAGUAUACAGUCUGCAGCAGUAGCCCCAACAAGUGUACCCACGAAUCAAGUUGCGCCAACAUCGCCAGUGAAAAAGUUAGCCACUCCAUUCAUCAGAUCUUUAAAAGAGGAAGAAAAAAAGAGGAAGGAUGAAGAAGAGAAGAAAGAUGCCUCCCCAGCAUCUUGGAGGUCCGGACUUCGCAAGACUGGAAGCUAUGGUGCAUUGGCUGAAAUUAGUGCUUCCAAAGAGGCACAGAAAGAGCGAGAUGUUACAGGUGUGAUGCGUUCAGCCUCAAGUCCCCGACUCUCAUCCACUCUGGAUAACAAAGAGAAGGACAAAGACCAGAAAGGGGCAAAGCUUGCUUAUGUUGUACCUACCAUCCCAUCCAGAAGAUUUGCCAGUACGUCUGACGUUGAUGAGAGAGAAAUCAGAGAUUCUGCAAGUAACUUAGUACGUAGUGGUUCUUACACACGGCGACGCUGGGAAGAAGAUCUGAAGAGGAAAGAAAUGAACCAUACAUCCACCACAGAAGGAUCAACUUCGCAAAAUGCUGCUGUCACCAGUGUUGUGCCUGGUUAUCAGAGGAGUAAUUCGUAUCUGCUAGCAAUAGGCAGAAGUAACAGUGCCAGAGAUCUCCCAACCAGCUCUUCCUCAGCCAUCAGCUUGGAUUCUACUAAUACCAAGCCUAGGCAACCAUCUUCAACUCAGUACUCAUCUUACAGCGUCUACAAAAGUAGUUCUUUUGGUAGAAGGAAAGAGGAUUUGAUCAGUCCUGUUCAAAGUGCCAUUUCAACCAAUGCCAUUGCAACCAUUACCUCAUCAAGCAGCCUGCAACCUAUUCCCAGGAGCACUGCAUCCACUUCAUCUGGCAGUACCUCAAAUCGGUUCUCGACGGGGGACAAUGCAGAAAGAGAGAAAGAAAAUGUUCCUUCAACGGUUACUACAACUGGCACUGUCUCUUCAACAGCAGAGAUCAGGGAGAGACGCAGGUCAUAUUUAACUCCUGUUCGAGAUGAAGAAUCUGAGUCACAAAGAAAAGCCAGGUCGAGACAAGCUCGGCAGUCAAGAAGGUCAACACAGGGUGUAACACUAACAGACCUACAAGAAGCUGAGAAAACGAUUGGGAGAAGUCGUUUAGACCGUCGAACUCGAGAACAGGAAGAAAAAGAAAAGGAGGAAAAGGAAAAGCAAGAUAGAGAAAAGCAAGAGGAUAAGAAUCGAGUGGAAACUCAAGAUGACGAGAGACAAAGGUUUAGUAAAAACACCGAAGAGCCUUAUCAACGCAUGAGGUCGAGUACCACGACAACUUCAACUGCCACCAUCUCUGCCUUCAAUAGUUCAUAUGUUGCAUCCCAACAAAAUCGACCGAACAGCCUUAUUGGCAUCACGUCUGCUUACUCUGUGUACAACCGAGGCUCUGGAGAAGUGGAUAAAGAAAUGGACAAAAGGGAGGAUGAGAGAGAUGGAGAAGAGAAAUUAGAUGACAAGUCACAAAAUAAACCAUCAAUAAGAGAGCGUCGGCGGCCAAGGGAAAAGCGGAGAUCAACAGGUGUUUCUUAUUGGACGCAGGAUAGUGAUGAAAAUGAACAGGAACAGCAGUCUGACACAGAAGAUGGGACAAACAAAAAAUGUCAGGUAAUUACUUUCUCUAAGUACUCAAUGUUGAAAUGUUUCUCCUAG